CAUUUGCAUAGAGCAGUAUAUAAACCAUGGGGUUUACGGUGAAAAUAUCAGAUUUCAGCUGGGAAUCGUAGAAGCUCGCAAACAUGAGGUUCAUCGCAGUUGGCGCGUUUCUGCUCGUGGUCUGUGCCCUCGGCCAAGCUGUGACCAUCCAGUCCCAGACCUUGGCACCACCCGAGAGCCCCGAUAUCUUCGCCAACACCAAGAAACUAAUCGAAGAUCUGGUAGCGAACCUCUGCCAAUCGGCACAGCAAGCUGCAGACGCUAUGAACGGCUUCGCGUCCGGCUUGAAGGACCAAGUUGGAAUAAUGAAGGAGAAGUUGCAAGCUGAAAUCGAGAAGCUGAAGGCGAGAGUAUCGCAAGCUAUCUCUAAUGUUGCGGAUAGGAUUUCUAACGCCGGUGGAGCGAUCAAAGAGUGUGUCGAGUCUCAUAAGAAGCAAGCCGAUCAACUCCUCAACGACGCUGUAUACAGAACCAUGACGUGUGCCGACGAAAAAGUCCAAGAAAUCAGCGAUCUGAUCGCAAGACAGGUCGAAAUAUCCCAGGGGGGGCUCGAAUUCGCCAACAGGGCGACGGAGGGAAUGCAGAAUUGUACAGACAACGACAACCACAUUUUUAUUAAAGGAGCGUGUCUUGGUAUGCUUGCCUUGAAAACUGAAAUGAAGGCAGCCGUUUUCAUGACGCAAAGCGGAAUAAACGUCGCACGCGUCGACAUAGCCAUAGCCAAGUUGCCCGUCGCCCUAGAACUGUGCGCCGGCCAACGCCUCCUCGAAGCCGGCAUGGGCACAGCCAAGGUCAUCAUGGAACUGCAGAAGUGCAAAGUCGCCAACACAUUCACCGCCCUCACAGGGUCCAACUCCAACCCCACCCUUCCUGAUGCUCCAACUGCAAUUGUUGGCAUUUCACUUGGAAACGAUCCUGUUAAUGAUGUUGAUACUCAGAUCGAAAUCGAUAAUAAGAUUAAUUAA